AUCCCUAAGAAGCUGGCCACAAAAAAAAACUAAAAAACCAAGCAAGCGUGAGCCGAACGCAAAAAUUGACGUGAAAAAGCCGGCAUAAAUCAUUUUUAGUUCUGCCCCCAGCAAAGUCAGCAUCGGGCAGAAGCCUCAUUUGUUGGUGGGUCAACGUAACAGCACAGCAAGCCGUAGGCGUGUGGGCAAAAGUCUCGGAAUAAACUCAACAACAGGGAGACAACAAACAGAAAAAAAAAAAAGACUUCAACGAUGUCUCACACCAUACUGCUGGUGCAGCCGGGCGCACGCCCAGAGACCCGUACCUACUGCGAUUAUGAGAGCGUCAACGAGUGCAUGGAGGGUGUGUGCAAGAUCUACGAGGAGCAUCUGAAGCGCCGCAAUCCAAACACACCGACCAUCACCUACGACAUUAGCCAGCUGUUCGACUUCAUCGACACACUGAUGGACAUCAGCUGCAUGGUGUACCAGAAGAGCACCAAUACCUAUGCCCCCUACAACAAGGAGUGGAUCAAGGAGAAGAUCUAUGUGCUGCUCCGUCAGGCGGCAUUCAGUCCGAAUGCCUAAAACGCAUCCACGGUACGGUGGUUUUGAAGGGCCACACGGGGGGUAAUAAACCAACCAAAAAAUCAACACACGCGGGAAACAAUAGCCCAAAAACAAAAAAAACAAAAAAGAGAUACAGAUAUACACAAAACGGCCAAAAUGUGGCCCACAAUAAGAAGAGGUACAGAUACAAAAAAAAUGCGUACACAAUUUAAACGCAAUUCGAUAAAAAAAAAAACACUAAACGCAAUUCGAAAAAAAAACACUAAACGCAAUUCGAAAAAAAAACACUAAACGCAAUUCGACACAAUUUUUAAACGCAAUUCGAUACAAUUUUUAAACGCAAUUCGACACAAUUUUUAAACGCAAUUCGAUAAACUAUUUAAACGCAAUUCGACUACAAACAAACAAAAAUGCAAUUUCUGUGGAAUGAUUCCAUGAAAGUGCAACAACACGAUUCCGGACACUGGAUUCCGGCAGCUGCAUCCGAGAAUCGUGUUUUGAUCCUGAGAAAAGGACACUUUGAUUAUAACACACACACACACACACAAAAAUAUAUUAUAGAGAUAUAUUUUUUCCUUCUAUCUAAGGUUUACAAUACACAAAAAAAAAAACACUCAAAAAAAAAAAAAAAAAAAAAAACCAAUUGUGCUCCCGCAUCCCAAAAGUGGGGUAAACUAGAGAGAAUUGUAAAACUUAGAAAUGGAAUCCUUACUUUACAACAACUAAUAUAAUGUAUA